AUGUACGUGGGCUAUCUUUUGGAUAAGGACAACAACAUGUACCCCAACCCUGUCAGGCACCCUGGUCUCAACCUGAACCCCCAAAAUUAUGUUCCAGCACCCCCACAGUAUUCAGAUUUUGCCAGCUAUCAUCACGUCCCUGGAAUUAACAGUGAUCCCCACCAUGGGCAGCCGGGGGGCACUUGGAGCUCUCCUUACGCACCAAGCAGAGAAGACUGGCACUCCUAUGGACCAGGUCCAGCAGCAUCUUCAGCUAACCCUGGACAGAUUGGGUUCAGCCCAACUGACUUCAAUCCUGUACAGCCUCCAGGCUCAGGGCUUCUGCCACCGGCUAUCAACAGCUCAGUGGCCCCUUUAUCUCCCAAUGCGCAAAGGCGCAACCCCUAUGAAUGGAUGAGGCGCAGUGGCGUUCCCCCUAGCAACCCAAGCAGUGGUAAAACCAGAACAAAAGAUAAAUAUCGCGUUGUAUACACAGAUCACCAGCGCCUUGAGUUGGAGAAGGAAUUCCACUACAGCCGUUACAUUACAAUCCGCAGGAAGGCAGAGCUCGCAGCUACAUUGUCUCUCACAGAACGACAGGUAAAAAUCUGGUUCCAAAAUAGAAGGGCAAAAGAACGGAAAGUCAACAAGAAAAAAAUGCAGCAGCAGAGUCAACAGGCCAGCACCACAGUCCCUACCCCACCCACCGUCGGCUCCACUGGAGGGAUGGGUGCCAUUUGUAGCAGCAGUAGCAGCAAUAGUAACUUGGUAUCACCAACAGCACUGACUAUCAAAGAAGAGUACCUUCCAUAAGGUCUGCAGAUCUAUAAAUACCAAGGACUACAAAAAAGCUCCUUAUUUCCAGAAAUUUUGAUUCAACAAACCUGAUUCUUGAUGAAUCUUGUGUAAUAAGGCACCCACGCGUUUCUUGAAGAAUCUUCUUUACUACAGCGCCCGCGCGUUUCUUGAAGAAUCUUCUUUAAUAAGGUUCCCACGCGUUUCUUGAAGAAUCUUCUUUAACAAGGUACCCACGCGUUUCUUGAAGAAUCUUCUUUAAUAAGGCUUCCACGCAUUUCUUGAAGAAUCUUCUUUAAUAAGGCUCCCACGCGUUUCUUGAAGAAUCUUCUUUAACAAGGUACCCACGCAUUUCUUGACGACUCUUCUUUAAAAAGGUACCCAUGCAAUUCUUGAAGACUCUUUAAUAAGGUACACACGCAUUUCUUCAAGACUCUUCUUUAAUAAGGUACCCAUGCAUUUCUUGAAGAUCCUUUAAUAAGGUACCCACGCAUUUCUUGAAUACUCUUCAGUAAUAAGGUACCCACGCAUUUCGGUGCCAAUCCUGUCACUUCAGAACUGAUCAUAGAGUUUUCUCCUUUCCUGAAGAACUGGUGAUAUAAUUCUCUCCACACCCAGAGAAAAGAAGGUGAAAUGAUUUGUGCGUGCGGCUGGACUCUUUCUGACAUAUCGUUGUGUUACUGUAUAUUUAAAAGAAAGGGUGUUACCGACAGAAGGCAUUUUUUUACAUGUACAUUGGGAUUUAUUUUUUAGUUUCAGUAACGAGCUUUAUGUUAUUGUAAAAUGUUUGAAAAUUUCUUCUUACUGUGAUGUUUUUGUGUAAAUGUUUGAUGAAAGUCAAGUGGCCUAAUUAUUCAUAUAAGAAGAAAUUGUUUCUUUUUCCUCCAGAUUAAAGGGCCUCUAUCAUCACAAUUGUGCAUAAUGUAUACAAUUUGUAUGUUUAACGUAAAUUUAAUUAGAGUAUAGUUGUUACCUGUUUCUAUAGAUGAACGUUUACAAAACAAUCUAUUUUUGAACUGUUCUAGUUUUGGAAUAAAAGUCUUUGGAUGGUACAGCUACAGUUAUACCCAGAUUUUCCUCUCAUCAGUAGCCACAUCAAAAGUCACUAAUUGGUGAAUAAUGUUGUACUGUACAUAUGUGGAACACUCCUUGAAUGAAUACUGCAAGAGACAUACGUGACAGGGAUUAUGGGGUAUAUUCAAUUGAAGUCGAAAGCUGCUGUCUGUCGAAAAGACGUCAGUUUUCGACUUUUUUAGGCCAGAAGGGCUUCCAACCUAUUCAAUCUAACCCCAAAUGAUUCAACAAGUUGAGGAACGUGGAUCGGCGGAAUAGCUGUCAAUCCGCGUGCUUGUGUCGAAAAUGGGGCGCCCCCUUUUCGACCAUCUCAAUUCGACUUUAAAAAAAGUCGAAGUGAGAUGCGGGAGCAGAGACGGUGAGAGCCACGGGCAGA